AUGGAGAAGAAACAAGUUUCAAAACGCUUAUAUGUUGGAGGACUUGGCCAUACGGUUUCUAAGGCUGAACUGCAGGAAAGAUUUGGCAGGUUUGGGCAUGUUUUGGAUGCAGAGAUUAUUACCAGAAAAGAUGAUCAGGGGAACCCUAUGAAAACUUUUGCUUACAUCACUGUCAGCAUUUCUGAUGCAGAUCUUAGAAAGUGCAUGUCAAUUUUAAAUAAAACAAAAUGGAAAGGGGGGACACUGCAAAUUGAGUUGGCCAAAGAAAGCUUUUUGCACAGGCUUUCCAUGGAGAGGGAGGAAGCAAAGCUGCAGAAGGAAAAGCCACAGAGAAAGGACAAAACGUGUCUGUUAGAAUCACUGAAAAAGGCUGGAGUUGUAGACUUUCACAUGAAAGCAGUACCGGGCACAGAGGUGCCAGACCAUAAGAAAUGGGUUGUUGGUAAAUUCGGCAGAGUCUUGCCUAUCCUGCACCUUAGGAGUCAACAAAAAAAUAAAAUUGUGAAAUAUGACCCAUCAAAAUAUUGCCAUAACCUUAGAAAGCUGGAGCCAGACUUGACACAUGUAGUUCCUAUAUCCAAGCUUACUUGGCACUUGGAAGAGAGAGAUGACAGCAUAAACAAGAAGCGGCAGGGAGAGUUCCCUGUAACUAAGAAGCCACCUAAAAAACUGAGGCAACUGGGCAGUGAGGCUCUUAAUGGAGCAGUAGUUCUCUCUUCUGGGUGCCAGUCAUGUUCAAAAAACACAAGCUCAUCACAGCUAGAUCAGAGAUCAAAAUCCAAAUCCAGUGAGAAGUCUAAAUUGCCUCCAUCAAGCAGUCUUAAUAGUAAAAUAUCAGGGAGAGGUUUAUUACCAGAUAAAAGUGAUGUUUCUGGAGUUACAGCUCAAAAUAAUGUGAGUGUUUCUGAUAGUGACAUUGAUUCUGAAGAGGAAAUCAGAGCAAUGGUAAAGAAAGAGACAGAAAUACAGAAAGCUGAAAAUGUCGAGACUGAAAGUGACCACGUGGAAAUUGUUGGGGCUAAUUUUGAAUUAAAGUGCAGUAGUCACUGGUCCUUAAGUAAUCCAGACACCAUGAAGAAAGCUGUCACAAGAAGUUGUAGAGAGAAAGAGACACUGGAAUACGAUAAUGGUUAUGAUUCAGCAGAUACAGAUGAAAUUAUUGCUGAAAGUAAAACCCCAGAUCUAUGUAGCAGGAAAACUGUAAUUUUAGAAGAUCCUAAACAGGUGAACGUGGAAAAUGAAGAAAUACUAACUAACAAAAAAUGUGAUUUGGUAAAUGACUCCUCACUGAAAACUCGAAAUUUAAAAGAAGAAUACAUUGAAAGAAAAGGGAAAAUGAAAAAAUCCAAAAUUGCUGCCUUGCAGAGUACAGCAGUUAACAGUACAGCAAAGACAAGUGAUAGUGAAAGCUCUUAUUCGGAGUCUGAGAAAGGGGAGUCUGAAAUCAAUUCUGAUUAUGAAUCCAUGAUGCAAAACUGUUAUCGCUUAGACCUUACAUUAGACGACUUAAAAGCAUUAGCUAUUGAAAACACUGGGACACCAGUAGAAGAAUCAGACAGUACACAGAGUUCUAGUCAGUGCAGUGUUGAAGAAAAUUCUAAGGGUAAUGUUGUAAAUAAAACAAAACUUUCUAAAUUUCACCCUGCAGUUAAAAAACAAUGUAUCUGUCCUGAAGAUGUAGUUGCUGCGAUUUUAGCAGGGGAGGAGAAUGUUGAUGAAGAAAGCUCCAAGGGACAAAAUAAGUUGCGUUUGAAAUAUCAGCCCUUCAGAGGAAUGGGAUCCCUUUGUGAAAGAGAGUUAACUAAGGACAGCACUGGUUUAAAGAAGAGGUCUGUGAUGAUGAGUGUCAGUUCUUUGCAAGAAGACCAAAAUUCAGAACAUGGACAUGCUGUUCCUAGUGCUGAUCAGAGCGAAGAUGAGAGCAGUGACAUGGAUGGUAAUGCUGCGGCGUCACAGAAACAUGUUAAACAACAACUGAAAAGCCCAAAACUGCUUUCAAAAAAAUUGAAGAGGGAUGUAAGCAAUAAAAAUCCAGAAUGUGAAGCUAAUAAAUGUGAGAAUGGGAAGACAAGGCUUCUGGAAAAUAAGGAGCUUUGUCUUCAUGCUACUGCUUCAAAGGAACCUAAUACAAAAAAGAAACAGUUGCAGGAUAACCAGAGGAGGCUGGCAGCUCUGGAAGAGAGACAGAAAGAGAGAGAAUUACAGAAGAAACUCAUUCAAGGAGCUCUUUCAAAUCUGGAUAGCCAGCCAGCAGGCAAGCAUAAACACAUCAUAUUCAAUUCAGAUGUGGAAAGUGAAGCUGAAGUAGAUGAGAUAUUGAAGAAAGAUGCGAGUUUGGGAAAUCUGCAUGAAGAAGAUGAAUCUGCUCCUAAAACUUCAGGCAGACUGUUUGAAAGCAGUGAGGAUGAGCAAGAUGAUACAGAUAAUGAGAGAUUCAAAAUUAAACCCCAGUUUGAAGGCAAAGCUGGUGAAAAACUCUUGAAAUUGCAAUCACGAUUUGGCACAGAUGAAAGAUUUCGCAUGGAUGCUCGAUUCCUUGAAAGUGACAGUGAAGAAGGUGCAGAGACAAACAUCUUGAAGGCAGAUGAGGAAGAAGAACUUGCUGCGGAGAAAAAGAAAAAUCUGCGAAUCCUGGGAAACCUCUUGAAUGUCAACCUGGAACACCCUAAGCCAACUAAAACAGCCACAAGUGCAAAGAAAUUCAAAGAUAUUAAUGCCCUCCGCUAUGAUCCCACAAGACAGGACCAUGCAAUUUUUGAAAGGAAACCAAGUGCUAUGGAAAAAGAGAGUAAAGCUAAAAGGAAGAAGAAGAGGGAAGAGAGUGAGAAACUGCCUGAAGUGUCUAAAGAAAUGUAUUAUGAUAUUGCUGUUGAUUUAAAAGAAUUGUUUGGAUCUUCAAAGAGAAAAUCAGAAAAAAAUGAAGAAAUACCCUGGGACAAAGAUGAUGCAGAGGACUCUACCCCACCUGGCGAUUUGGGACCUAACCUUGGGACUAACGUAGCUCAGGAGUCUAGUGGUUUCACAUUUUCCUUCUUUGGAGACAUGGAGGAGUCAGGCAUAAAAGAAGAGCCCUACAUACUUGAAACAAUAAAACCUGUAAAAGUCACAUGGCAAGAAGAUCCACGUUUCCAAGACAGCAGUUCUGAGGGUGAUGAUGAACCAGAGGCAUCAGAAAGUGAAAGGGACAAAGAAAUGUUUUUCUCUUUACCACAGACAGAAAGUGCUAGAUUUUUCUUCUUCUCCAAAGAUGAUGAACGACUAAGAGAGGGCCCUAAGUUAUUUUGUAGAUCAUUAGACCUCAGUGAAGAAAAAGAUGGUUGGGAAGACAGACGUAGCUUAUUGCUUGAGGUGAGAAAAAAAAAAUGCCGGAGGAAGCAUAAGGAUGCAAGAAGGAAAGUGAAAGCAAAACAAUAA